AUGGCCGUGGACACUUCCGCCAACAGCUGCCCCAAUGCCUCUAUCGGGCUUGGAGGGCGGCUCCUGGUCCUGAUCAUGUGGUUGAACUUUGCGCCUCCAGCUGCCGGCUGCCCUGCCAAGUGUGUGUGCUACAGUGAACCGCGACCAACCGUGGCCUGCCAACAACAAGGACUCUUCUCCAUCCCUACUGAGAUCCCAGUGCGGAGCCAGAGAAUAUUCCUCCAAAGCAACAAGCUGACGGUAGUGAGGUCCACAAGCUUCAGUUCGUGCCAGAACUUAACCGUCCUUUGGCUCUACUCAAACAACAUAAGCUACAUUGAGGCCGGCGCCUUCUACGGCUUGGAGAAACUGGAGGAACUGGACAUUGGGGACAACAGCAACCUGCGCACAAUCAGCCCUACAGCCUUCCGAGGCUUAACAAAGCUGCACACGCUGCACCUGCACAGGUGCGGCCUGUCAGAGCUGCCGGUCGGGGUGUUCCGGGGAAUGUUCUCCCUGCAGUACCUUUACUUGCAGGAUAACAACAUUCUAACCCUGCACGACGACACUUUUCUGGACCUUGCCAACCUCACCUAUCUCUACCUGCACAAUAAUAAGAUCAAAAUCGUGACGGACAACAUGUUCCGUGGUUUGAUCAAUCUGGACCGCCUGCUGCUACACCAGAAUCGCGUCAUUCAUGUCCAGCCAAGGGCUUUUAGUGAUCUGGCUAAGCUCAAAUCUCUAUUUUUGUUUUUUAACAACCUGACCGUCUUGACAGGGGAAACAAUGGACCCGCUCACCACCCUCCAGUACUUGCGCUUAAACGGCAACCAGUGGAUUUGCGACUGCCGAGCCAGAACCCUGUGGGAGUGGUUCAAGCGUUUCAAGGGUUCUAGCUCGGAGUUGGAGUGCAACGUCCCAGAAUUCCUGGCCGGCAAGGACCUGAAACGACUAAAGAGUGAAGACAUGGAAGGAUGCGUGGAAACGCCUCAGGUCCAGACCAGUCUCUUCAGCUCGAAGGCCCCGUCUGGGAAGUUCCCCUCCACUGAAAAUCCUCUCGUGGACACAAUUCCCAGGUGUUGUCUUGGAGACAACGAUAAAUCCUCUAUCCUGUCCGGCAAGAGUCGCCAGAUCACCAACAACCCCCUGAAGGAAAAGGAGAACAUGUCUAAGACCAAACAUAAGGAACAAGAAAGAACAAAAAAUGAGACCCAGAACAAGCAGAAUGACGGACCGCUCGGGACCUUGUCCGACACCCUGGAAAAGUCUUUGGAAAGUAUAAACCCCGACCCUAUGGACAGUAUAGAAUCCUCUACAGCCUCAAACAAAAAGAAAAAGAAGUGCUCCAAAAAGCCCAGAUCAGACACCCACUGCGUCAAAGGCAGGGGCGCUACGUUGCAGGGUCUGAGCUUUCUCCUCGUUCCCACCGUCUGGAUCUCCUUAGCCAUGUCUUAG